AUGGCUGGCAAGAGACCCCCAGAACCAAAAUACAGACCAGAACCAGAGCUCGUAAUCAUGGCUUCUCGAGCCCAACAGCUCCAUGAGCCCCUCAAGCUCACAACCCUCAUCCGUGCCGACGAAGCCUCUUUCAAUAUGCUCGGCAUUCACACCCUUCGUAUCCCUCGAGGAUUCCCAACCAGCAUCAACCUCAAAAAGAUGACACUCGAAUUCCACGGUUACGUAGCAGUUCCAAACGUUCACUACUCAAUCGACAUUAUCAGUUCACCGCCUCGAGGCGUUGUUGACGGGUUCACAUCGGCCGCAGCGGCACUCGAGCGGCUGAACCAAAUUUACGACUUGGGUCAUACGAAACUUAAUAAAGGGAAUGAAUGGUUUUCAAAUGAUACCAACGUUUUACAUUUCAUCUCACUUACGGCGCCGGUACAGCGCGGGAUCAAGUUGUUCGCUCGAAUAAAUGGGAAGUUUGUAGAUAAUAAUGAGGUAAGGAGUGAAACCAUUGAUUUUGAGGAGUUGCGGAAAAGUGGAUCGGCUGCACAGGCUGCUGCGCCUACUACGAAUACGACUGGAACGACGACGACGGCGACGGGAGGAGGACCUGUUAAUCCGGCGGCGGCGCCGCCACCACCACCGCAGAUUACAACGGUGGAUGAUGAGUUUGUUAUCGUUUUGAGGUUUUUGUGUCUUUCUACUGGGAAUAUUGGGCAUGUUACUGGGGUUGUUGGGUUGGAGAUUUCAUAG